CGAUGCGGGUUUUGAUGUUCUUGUGAGGGAUGAUGGGGUCGCCACGCAACAACUUAUUCUUCCAUGUUCUUCUGCCCAGAGCUCUCCGUUUCCCACAUUUCUCCGCAACUGCUUCAAACCCUCGCUACUUUAGCCGUCACUUCGCAAAAAACAUGGCUUCGUCGCAAGAGAAGAGCAGUCAAUGGACUGCGGAGCGCGUCCGGAGCGAAUUUAUAGAUUAUUUCAAAGAGAGAGGACAUACAUUUGUCCCCUCCUCCUCCGUUGUCCCUCAUGCGGAUCCGACCCUUUUGUUCGCAAAUGCGGGCAUGAAUCAGUACAAAUCUAUCUUCUUGGGAACAGUUGAUCCUCAGUCAGACUUUGCGCAUCUCAAGCGUGCAGUCAACUCACAGAAGUGCAUUCGAGCAGGUGGAAAGCAUAAUGAUCUUGACGAUGUCGGCAAAGACAAUUACCACCAUACAUUUUUUGAAAUGCUUGGAAAUUGGAGUUUUGGUGAUUAUUUCAAAAAAGAAGCAAUUACCUAUUCCUGGGAACUUCUUACCAAAGUAUUUGGCCUCGACCCAUCUAGACUGUAUGUCACCUACUUCGAGGGAAACGAAAGCGGAGGUCUCGAACCGGACCUGGAGGCGAAAGAGAUUUGGCGAAAUGUUGGCGUUCCGGAGGAUCAUAUUCUUCCAGGUAACAUGAAAGAUAACUUCUGGGAGAUGGGUGAUCAGGGUCCUUGUGGCCCUUGCAGUGAAAUCCAUUAUGACCGAAUUGGCGGUCGGAAUGCUGCAUCUCUUGUCAACCAAGAUGACCCCAACGUGCUCGAAAUAUGGAACAACGUUUUUAUUCAAUAUAACCGUGAGGCGGACCGCUCGCUGAGACCUCUACCCAACAAACAUGUCGACACCGGUAUGGGUUUUGAGCGAUUAGUCUCCGUCCUCCAAGACAAAUCGUCGAAUUACGACACCGAUGUUUUCAUGCCAUUGUUUCGUACGAUACAAGAAAUUACAGGUGCUCCCGAAUAUCAAGGACGGUUUGGAGCUGAGGAUGCUGAUGGGGUUGACACCGCUUAUCGAGUGGUGGCUGACCACGUCAGGACACUGACUUUUGCCAUCUCUGAUGGCGCCUACCCAAAUAAUGAAGGUAGAGGGUAUGUUAUUCGUCGUGUACUUCGCCGAGGAGCUCGUUAUGCGCGCAAGUACUUCAACGUGGAAAUUGGUAGCUUCUUCUCUAAGAUUGUCCCCACACUUGUUGAGCAGAUGGGAGUCAUGUUUCCGGAAAUUAAGGAGAAGCAGGCCGAGGUUAUGGAGGUUUUGAAUGAAGAAGAGGUUUCAUUCUCCAAGACGUUGGAUCGUGGUGAGAAGCAGUUCGAAAACUACGCCCAGCAAGCCAAGUCGAAGGGCCUUAACAAGCUCCAUGGCGCAGAUGUCUGGAGACUCUAUGAUACUUUCGGCUUCCCGGUCGACUUGACUCAAAUAAUGGCAGAGGAGCGAGGUCUCAGCAUCGAUGAAGCCGAGUUCGAAGAGGCUCGAUUGAAAGCUAAAGAAGCUAGUAAAGGUCAGAAGAAGGCUGCUGCAGAGACAGUGAAACUCGAUGUCCACGAUCUAGGCAAAUUAGAUAACAUGAGCGACGUUCCGAAGACAGACGAUUCUUCAAAAUUCGAUUCACCAAGAAUAGAGUCUAUUGUUAAGGCCAUCUAUUACAGCAAAAACUUCAUUCAGAGUACCGCAGAUGUACCGGAGGGAGAGCAAAUCGGGGUUAUCCUUGAUCGAACCAAUUUCUAUGCCGAACAGGGUGGUCAAGAGAAUGAUACUGGUAUCAUUUCCAUUGAUGGAAAGGCAGAAUUGGAAGUCGGCGAUGUACAGUCCUACGGUGGCUAUGUCCUUCAUACCGGUUUCAUCAAGUACGGAUCUCUUGCCGUUGGGGAUUCUGUUAUGUGCGAAUUUGACGACCGCCGUCGCCAGCCUAUCAGGAAUAACCAUACUGGAACUCAUAUCUUGAACUUUGCAUUGAGAGAGAUCCUGGGAGACGGUAUCAACCAAAAAGGUUCCCUUGUUGCGGCGGAAAAGUUGCGAUUCGACUUCUCCCACAAGGCGGCCGUCUCUGACAAGGAGCUUGACCAGAUCGAGAGAAAAUCUACUGAAUACAUCCGACAAAAUUGCGGGGUCUACUCGAAAGAAGUUCCCCUUGCCACUGCACGUGAAAUCACUGGUGUUCGUGCCGUCUUCGGUGAGACAUAUCCAGACCCCGUCCGAGUUGUCUCAGUGGGCGUCGAAGUCGAAGAAAUCCUCAAGGACGUCAAGGACCCACGGUGGAAUGAUAUCAGCAUUGAAUUCUGUGGUGGCACCCAUGUCUCGAGGUCUGGCGAGAUCCGAGAGCUCGUUAUUCUCGAGGAAUCUGGCAUAGCGAAGGGCAUUCGAAGAAUUAUUGCAGUGACUGGUGAUGAAGCGUUACAAGCACAGCUAACCGCGGUAGAGUUUGAGAAGCGCCUUGAAAAGCUUCGAACAUUGGAACAUGGUCCUGCAAAGGAGAUGGAAAUGAAGCAAGUUCAAUUAGAAUUGAAUCAACUCGCAAUCUCCGCUGUCCAGAAGGCCAAGUUCCGAGACUUGUUCGCACGCAUCAACAAGCAAGUCUUGGAUGAUCAGAAAGCUCUACAGAAGGUCGAGCUGAAGAAAGCUCAGGAUCUUAUCAAAGCAUACUUUGGUGCUGAGGAGAACAAGGAUCGCACAACCUUCGUAACCAAGCUGCCAGCAACCUCCAAUGCUAAAGUCGUCAGCGAGUCGAUCAACUUUAUCAAGUCUAAGAUGGCCGAUAAGACUGUAUACUUUAUUGCACCAGACCCUAGUGGGAACAAGGUCGCUCACGGUUGCCAUGUAGCCAAGGCUGCUAGCGAACUCGGCCUUUCACCGAGUGAAUGGGCGAAUGUCGUGUCGGGAGCUGUUGGUGGAAAGGCUGGUGGAAGAGCUCCUACCGCCAUCGGCAACGGAACCAACGUUGACAAGGUUGACGAAGGUGUUGCUCUUGCCACUGAAUAUCUGCAGAAAUUCAAAUUGUAAAGGUUAUGGCUUUGAUAGAUUCUAGUCUGAUACCCGGGUUCUGAAAUGCAAUGGCGAAAAGCAAGAAGUGGUGGAAACAGAAAUGAGUCUAUGGAUUAGGCUUGUUAGGUAUCAAUUCAACUAGUAUACAUCACAGUUUAUAUAUAAGACUUUUUUUUCCUCUCUUCACAUUUCUCCACACUGUACUAUAGUGACAUCCUGGUUUGGCUUGUCCCUCGUAGUGCGAGUGUUCUCAAUCAUGUGGACAACAUCCAUACCCUCCACAACCUGACCAAACACAACAUGCUUGUUGUUGAGGAAAGGCGUCGGCACUGUGGUGAUGAAGAACUGACAGCCAUUCGUAUUGGGUCCUGAGUU